AUGAUGAUUGAUUUGAUAAAUCAAUCACAAUCAAUUCGCACUUCUUUUGACAAGCGUAACGAGAAAGACAAAAAUGAAUCUCGACAUCGCUUGGGUGCUUUAAUUGAUGUGGCAAGGUUUCUCUUAAGAUUAGGAUUGCCGUUUCGUGGUCAUGAUGAGAGCAUAUCAUCUACAAAUAGAGGUAUAUUUCUUGAACUUUUGCAAUGGUAUGGAGCCAUGGAUCAGGAAGUUGGAAGCAUUCUAUUACAAAAUGCUCCAAAAAAUGAAAUGACGUGUUGUCCAAAAAUUCAAAAAGAUAUUGUUGAUUCUUGUGCAAAAGAAACAAUCAAAGCUAUUAUUGAAGACUUGGAUGGUGAUUAUUUCGGAAUACUGGUUGAUGAAUCGAAGGAUAUAUCACACAAGGAGCAAAUGGCACUUGUUCUACGAUAUGUUGACAAAAAAGGUGAAGUGAUAGAGCGAUUUGUUGGUAUUGUCCAUGUUAAUGAUACAUCUGCACGAUCAAUGAAGGAAACAAUCUAUUCUUUUCUUUCGGAUCACUCAUUAAGUCCAUCCCAAAUACGUGGGCAAGGUUAUGAUGGUGCUAGUAACAUGCAAGGAGAACUAAAUGGUCUUAAAAGUUUAAUUUUGCGUGAUACUCCAUCUGCAUAUUCCACUCAUUGUUUUGCUCACCAAUUGCAGUUGACACUUGUGGCUCUUGUGAAGAAAAAUUCAGAUGUGGAUGAUUUUUUGUAUUUGCUCAGACAACAUCAAGCUGCAAAGUUAGAAAAGUUGCUCAUUUCUGGUGAAAUGCACACAGGACGGGGACUAAAUCAAGAACGUGGGCUUCAACAACCAGGUGACACUCGUUGGGGUUCUCAUUAUAAAACAUUACAUAACUUCAUUAAUAUAUUUCCAUCAAUUCUUUAUGUUCUUGAAUUUGCUGCAUGUGAGUGUCCAAAUUAUAUCGAUAGACUUACAACUGAAAGUCUUGUGGAUAAGAUUAAGGGGUUUGAUUUUGUUUUUAUGUUGCACUUGAUGUUGGAAGUUCUGAAGAAGACAAAUUAUUUGAACUACUCAUUACAGAAGAUGGAUCAAGAUAUUGUCAAUGCUAUGGGGCCGCUCAAUACUGCAAAGCAAGAAUUGCAAAUGAUGAGGGAUAGGGGAUGGAAAUCAUUACUGGAUGAUGUCCUUUCUUUUUGUAAUAAGCAUGAGAUAUUUAUUCUGAAGAUGGAUGCUAACUACAUUCAUGGGAAGUCGAAACGUAGAGCUCUUGAUGUUACAUAUUCUCAUCAUUUUCGUGUUGGAAUUUUUUAUCCUGUUAUUGAUUUGCUGCUUCAGGAGCUUAAUAAUCGUUUCGACACUGUUAGUACUGAUUUACUUCUUGGUAUGGCUUGUUUACAUCCAGCUAAGUCAUUUGGUAAUUUUGAUAAGAUAAAAGUAAUGAGGUUGACUGAAUAUUAUCCGAAUGAGUUUGAUAGCAACAAGCUUCGAGAUCUCAGUUGCCAGCUUCAUAAUUUCAUAGUGUAUGUUCGAGGUUCUGAUAAGAGAUUUUUCAAUAUGAAGGGGAUUACUGAUCUUGGUAAAGUAUUGGUUCAAUCAGAAUUGCACCAGACCUGGCCACUUGUUUAUUUGCUUAUCAAGUUGACUCUUAUUCUUCCUGUUGCUACUGCUUCUGUGGAACGAGCUUUCUCAUCGAUGAAGUACAUCAAAAAUGAACUCCGCAACAGUAUGAGUGAUGAAUUUUUAAAUGGUUGUUUAGUCUGCUAUGUAGAGCGUGGGAUAUUUGCAACUAUAAAUAAUGAUGCUAUUAUUCAUCAUUUUCAGAAAAUGAAAAGUCGUCGAGUGCAGUUGUGA